CCGUUUCUGCGCCAGUCUUUGAGACGUGUCCGUGCGCUGCGAACCCCGCGACAGUUUCCGAGGAAAUUCGCCAAAUUCCCUCUGCCUUGCUUCCCAGUUUUAACUACCUUCAUCGCGAACCUGAUACGUAGAAUAUUCACGUCUGUGUUUACGUAUUUUCUCUCGCUCCGUCGAUUGCGUCUCAUCGACAACCCUAGUUUUAAAGUUUUAUUUAAUUUAAUCGUAUUCGUAUUGUUAUUCUUAUUAUUUUAUUUUAGUGUAUCUAGUUAUUAGGUAGGUUACGUUAGGUUUUAAAUUUUCGGUCCGCCAUUUUGUUGUGACGCGUCACCGAGAUGGGCUGUAAGGAGAUUCAGGCGCCCGCGGGCGAUGUGUCGAAGAAAGGGAAGAGGAGGAGGCGCAGGGCUGGAUCCAGGUCUGCCAAGCGUCGCGCGCGCAAGACCGCGGCCUCCGCUGGCCUGACAGGCCCGGUCAUGUCCCCCAUGAAAUGCGCCGUCCACGCGUUCUUGAUGCGGUACCAGAGCGCCCUGAGAAGGGUGCCGGCGCAGAUCCCGCCGAAAAUCCACGCCGGACCGCCGUCGAAGAGAGUCAAACGAGUGUCGUGGCGUAAGUGACGUGAUUAUUACUAUCGCCGAUUUUUUA